ACAAAUUCCUUCUCGCGUUGAGCAGGUCUGGGUUGGCACGGCGCAAACCCUAACCCUAGGUUUUGCGAUUUUCUCUUCUUCCAGUUUCAAAAAGUACAUUUCAUUCCGAUUUUUAUAUCUGAUUUUCUUUACCAAUCAACGAUCCCGCCCCAGAUUGUUUAAAUCUUUAACCAUUUCAUCAUUGGGUUUUGAGAAUUUCUCUCGAACUUCGUCGCGAUCUCAAACGGGCCGAAAUCUGCGAUCGAUUCGAGUUGAGUAUAAUCAAUCAUACAAGUGGAGUUGGGGCGGGCUGGGGUUGGGUUGGUUUGGGUUGGGUUUGGUAUUUAUUCUUGACGAUGUCUCGGUGCUUUCCUUACCCUCCACCGGGGUACGUGAGGAACGGCGCCUCCGGCCAGGCCUUGAUCGAGUCGAUUAAGAGGGAAAGGGAGAGUGCCAAGAUAGAAAAGAGGAAAGAGAAGAAAAAGGAGAAGAAAGAGAAGAGAGACAAAAAAGAACGGAGGGAGGAGAAAUCAUCUGGAUCUUCCCAUGGCAAAGAUAAAAAGCUCACUGAUGGAAACAGUCUGAAAUCAGAUAAAGGUAGGGUUGAUCUGGACAAGGGGCAUCCUCGAAAGAGUCUAGAAGAUGAAGCUGAACAGCUGGAGAAAAGUAGUCUCACCGAAGAACAUGAGCAGCCUGUUUGUUUGCAAAACAUCUGUGAAUCAUCUGACAGCACCCAGAACAGCUACAAGAGGAAAAGGGAGACCUCGACUUCCACUUUUAAAGACAGCAGUGACCAUGGUGAGUGUGCUUAUAAACUUGAUAACGUAGGAGUUAAAUUUUGCCCCCUCCCCCAGCCUGUUCUCUUUUCUCUAAGCUGUCCUAUGUUUAUGUCAGCCUCCAAAUUGGCAGCUAACAUUAUCCGUAUCCGGUUGCCAUUGCAAAGACAUAAAGAAGCUGAUGCUAAAUUAGCUGAUGCAUCACUCAGCAAUGAACGUGUCUGUUCUACUUCUGGAAGAAGUAUGGAUUCCCUUACUCAACCAAAGUUAGAAACUGCUACUGUAACCGCCCGAGAAGGGCAUUUUUCUAUGUUUACAAGUAGAGACCCUGCCGCUCAGGAACUAGUUCAUCAUAGGCCCGGAAAAGAAGUGCUCUGCCCCACUUCUGCUACAACUGCAGUUGUUACCCAAGAUGGUGCUCCUAGAUCCAAGUCUGAAAAGAAAAUGCAAAAAGUGGAAUCCCUGUAUAAAGCUCUAAUUGAGAACUGGGUUCCACCUCCGCAGCUGAAUGAGCAAGCUGAUUUUGAUGAUCAAGAAUGGCUUUUUGGAACAAAGCCGCGGCAUUCUGAUGAAAACAGUAAGGCCAAGAAGUGUAAAGCUAACCACGAUGCCUUGUGUCAUGGAAGCUCAAGCUCGUGGCCGCAUGCUCAUUACUUGCCUGAAGCUGAUAUAUACGCGUUACCCUUCUCUGUUCCUUUUUGACGUUGUCGUUAACACGAGAUAAGAGUGCAAGCAAAUUUUACAAUUUGCAGAGUGGCGAUGCUGUGAUUAAAACAAAGGCCAAGAGGUGUUGAGCUAGCCACGAUGCGUCUUGUUAUGGGAGCUCAAGCUCUUGCCCACGUGCUCAUUACUUGUCGGAAGCUGAUAUAUUUGCGUUACCGUCUCUGUUCCUUUUUAACAUUGUUAACACAAAAAUAGAGUGCAAGGUCAAAGUUUUACAAUUGUCCAGAGAAAGACAGUGGUGUAUGGUGAUGGAUAUUCAAAUUGCCCUUCACUGAGCCUCUUGCUUUGGUUAUUUCAUAGUCAUUUUAUUUUUUGUGGUACUUGUAGGAUGUACAUGCACAUCUUAUACCUAAUUAAAGGCAUUUUAUAA